GCCCAUGUGGGUUUUGCAAACUGUCAACAUUCCCUGACGCCGAACAGAGAACAAGCGAAGUCCCGAGAGCUCCUCAGUGUCCAGACCCGCGAGUUGAUUUACUCCACACAGACCAAAGGCAAAAUGAAGGUUGUCGGAUCUACGUGCGCUCUAAAAAGCAAGGUGGGCAGCGAGGAUGUGGUGCGCUGCCUGUCGGAGCAGAGCCUGACCAUCAGCAAGUGCAAGAUCCCGCUGCUGGACGAGCAGAUGAACGUCUUCCUGCAGGACAUGAACAGCUGCUACAGCAAACUAAAGGAACUUGUGCCCACGCUGCCCACCAACAAGAAGGCCAGCAAGGUGGAGAUCCUGCAGCACGUCAUCGACUACAUCUGGGACCUGCAGGUCGAGCUGGACGAGCCGGAGAAGAGCCGUCCACUCCCCGUGUCCAGCACGGCGCGGACACCCCUGACCACUCUGAACGCGGAGCUGGCCGGCAUCACAGUGGAGAACGGAUGCCCGAGUGACAGGAUUAUGUGCCGCUAACAGCACAGCCAGUGGAACCAGCGUCUCACCGCGUGACGCACCGGCAAGAACGAACAAGGCUACCUGAUGUGACUUCUCCAGAACAUCGAAAGAGAACCUUGACCAGUGUAGGGGCGUUUCAGACUCCCAGAAACUAAAGGCUAGAGUAAAUACGUAGAAACGGGGACUGAAGGAGUUUCCAGGACUCGAAUCUGAAGAGAGUCCCGAGAGGAGAGAGAACGCACUGGAGUCUGGACCCAAAGAGAAUGGGUUAUUCUGGACCAGAACAGACCAGCCAGUGUGGUCUGAUGUCAGUAGAGUUUUUUAAAGGAAAAGCUUAAGAACAAGUGGCUCUUAAAUACCUUGUUCUUUUUUUUAACCUUGUAGAAGAUGUUGUUAAAGAAUAUUCUCAGAUUCCUGAGCAAAGCAAAUGUAUUGUAUAUUACAAUGUCUCCUUAUGUGAAAAUAUUGUUUCUUGCAAUGUAUCAAACUUGUGUUUUUUAUUAAAACAAAACAGUUAUUUUUUGAAAA